GGAGAGGGCCACCAACGACUAAUAUAACCAGAAAAAUGCCAGCCCGACCCCAGGUUGCCAUCCCUCGUUGGUGAUUAGUCUCUUACAGCACUCGCGGAGAGAGAGCGAGAGGACAGGGACAGAACAGAACAGACCACCACUGUCUCUUCUGCUCUGCAGACCCUUUUCUCUUUUCUGCUCUCACUUUGCGCCAGUAUCACUACUCCCACCAUUUCUCGUCACUGAUGUCCUCGGCUCCUUGAGCUUCGAUUUGGGGACUCCCAGCUCGUCCCCCUUCCCGGAUUUUGGAUUUUGGAUUUUCUUCGCCUUACUUUUUUUUUUUUUUCUGGAAUCUGGAGGCAAUUUUCCGGGAAGAGUAGAGGGAAAAUGUACUCUGCGAUACACUCGCUUCCGCGGGACUCCACCGUCGGGCACGGUGACUUUCAGGGGUCUCUAGACGGCACGAAUCUGCCGGGCGAUGCUUGUUUGGUUCUCACCACGGAUCCGAAGCCCCGGCUGCGGUGGACGGCGGAGCUCCAUGAGAGAUUUGUGGAUGCUGUUACUCAGCUGGGGGGUCCUGACAAAGCAACACCAAAAACGAUUAUGAGAACAAUGGGGGUGAAAGGCCUCACCCUUUAUCAUCUAAAAUCGCAUUUGCAGAAAUAUCGUUUGGGGAAGCAAGCAUGCAAGGAGUCAAUUGAUAAUUCUAAGGACGCAUCUUGCAUUGCAGAGAGUCAGGAUACUGGGUCCUCUUCAUCAUCAACAUCAAGAAUAAUAACCCAAGAUAUGAAUGAUGGCUAUCAGGUUACUGAGGCCCUACGUGUACAAAUGGAAGUUCAAAGGAGACUCCAUGAGCAGUUAGAGGUUCAGCGGUGUCUCCAACUGCGGAUUGAAGCACAGAGCAAAUACCUGCAAUCAAUACUCGAGAAAGCUUGCAAAGUUCUGAAUGACCAGGCUGCAGCAUCGGCUGGGCUUGAAGCUGCCAGGGAAGAGCUCUCAGAGCUAGUAAUCAAAGUUUCCAAUGACUGUCAUGGAAUGGUCCCACUAGAGACCUUAAAGAUGCCCACCUUCUCUGAAAUCGCUGCAGCUGUAGAAAACAAAAAUGCUUCUAAUGUACCAGCACGGAUUGGUGACUGCUCCAUCGAAAGCUGCUUGACUUCAACUGGAAGUUCAGUUCUUCCUAUGGGUUUGAGUUCACAGGGCGCUGCAAUGAAGAAGAGGCCAAGGCCCCUGUUGAAUAAUGGAGAUUCGUUGCCUUUGGAGAGUAGCAUGCGCCAAGUGGAGUGGAUGAUGGCUAAUACUGGAUGAUGAGCAGGACAUUCUCUAUUUUGCGAAUGAACCUUUCUCGUGCCUGCCAUUUUUGUUCUUGUCUAGUUGAUUUUAUGACCUGCCUUCGUGCAUUGUAAGUGUAACAUCCAUUGUCUGUACAUUCUCAAAGUUAUUCCUUUGGACUCCCAGGUAAUCUUAUCCAAACAGGGGUUGCCCCUUCUCUGCA